CGACCCCUCUCACAAGUCCCCACCAUUCCCUUCCCUUAGCUGUUAUUGCCUUCUUGUCUCUCCCCUGCUUCCCCAAUUUUUAUUUUUACGUUUUUUCCUCAUAUCAAACCAAAACCAGCAGCCACCGCUCAGAGAAUCUUCAGACACCCCCUCCCCCCAAAAUCUGGAACAACCAAGAAGACGAAAAUGCCUGGCACCACUAUUGUUGAGCCUUUAGAUUUGGUUGGUCUCCAAAUUCCUUAUCAUUUCAGGUGCCCCAUCUCCCUCGAGCUCAUGCGUGACCCUGUCACCGUCUGCACCGGCCAAACCUACGACCGUUCCAGCAUUGAGUCCUGGGUCGCCACCGGCAACACCACUUGUCCCGUCACUCGUGCUCCCCUCUCUGAUUUCACUUUUAUUCCUAACCAUACCCUUCGCCGUCUUAUUCAAGAUUGGUGUGUAGAGAACCAGGCUUUUGGUAUACAGAGGAUUCCCACGCCUAAGCAACCUGCCGACCCGGUUAUGGUUCGGGCUUUGUUGACUCAAGCUUCGGCGGUUUCCAGUCCGUUUCAGCCUCGUCUUUCGGCUCUGCGUCGACUUAAGGGACUGGCAAGAGACUCGGAUAAGAACCGGUCCGUUAUUUCUUCACAUGACGCACGUGAGGUACUGAUAGAUAUCGUGUUUUCGGAUACGGGCUCGUCGGAUUUGAGCGUGGAGGCGCUUGCGGUUUUAGUGAUGUUUCAACUCAAUGAAUCCGAGUGCGAGUCGAUCGGUUCGGAUCCCAACAGAGUGGUCUACCUGUCGCGUAUGUUGUUCCAUUCCUCGAUCGAAGUACGAAUUAACUCGGCUUCACUCAUCGAAAACGUUCUCUCCGGCACGAGAUCGCCGGAUCUUCGAGCUCAGAUAAGCAAUGCGGAUGAGAUAUUCGAAGGCGUCGUGGACAUAUUAAGGAACCUCAACUCUUAUCCUCGCGCGCUGAGAAUCGGCGUUCGGGCUCUCUUCGCCUUGUGCUUAGUGAAGCAAACGAGGCACAAAGCCGUCCAAGCCGGAGCUCCGGCGACGUUGAUCGACCGGUUGGCUGAUUUGGACAAGUGCGAUGCCGAACGAGCUCUGGCGACGAUAGAGUUGUUGUGCCGGAUCCCCUCGGGGUGUUCGGCGUUCGCGGCGCACGCGCUGACGGUCCCGUUGCUGGUAAAAACGAUACUGAAGAUCUCGGACAGGGCUACGGAGUACGCGGCGGGUGCACUGAUGGCGCUGUGCUCGGAGUCGGAAGGGAGCCAGAGGGAGGCGGUGAGCGCGGGGGUUCUGACACAGCUGCUAUUGCUGGUUCAAAGUGAUUGUACGGAGAGGGCGAAGAGGAAGGCCCAAAUGCUUCUUAAGUUGCUUCGGGAUUCGUGGCCCGAAGAUUCCAUCGGCAAUUCGGAUGAUUUUGCUUGCAGUGAAAUCGUACCCUUUUGACCAUCCCUCUCGCCUCACACCGAAAAGUUUGUAACAGAAAAAUAUAAGCCUUUUAAAUUCCGAUAAUACCUACAACAUUUUUUAAGAGAUGGGUGUAUAUAAACAAGGAUUGUAAUUUUUGUUAAGCAAAGCAAAUGAAUCAUACGUCUGUUUUCCUGGAAA